UAUCUCUCACAAUGAAUUGUUAAUAACUCGUGUAUCAAUUGUAGUCUCAGUUGUACAAUUCAAAGUUCAAAAUGAUCGUGUUGAGACAAUUUCAAAGUGCAAAUAAAUUUAUAUCGAAGCAAUUUAAAAAUUCAAAUUUAUUUAAAACUAAUAAAUUUCACACGAACACUUUAUUAUUGGGAUCGGAUAAGGAUGUUAUGAAGAUAGAAAUUCAAGAUAGAACUCUACAGUUUCCAAGUGUAUGGUUAAGAGACAACUGCCAGUGUGAACAGUGUUUCCAUCAAUCAGCAAAAAGUCGAAUUAUUGAUUGGAGCAAAUUCAACUUAAAUGUUAAGCCAAAGAACGUUAAAAGGGACGAUAAUUCCUUGCAAGUUACGUGGGACGACGGUCAUGUAUCCAAAUACAAUUUCAACUGGUUAAAAUUCCGUAGUUUCACAUCGGAUGAUCAACAAAAUUACACCAAUACUCUUUAUAAACCAGCAAAGAUUACAUGGCACGGCGACGAUUUUAGCAAAGUUUGCACUAAGCACGACUAUAAGGAAAUUUUAAAUUCUGAUAACGCACUAUACAACUGGUUACUGCAGUUUUCCAUAUAUGGAGUUGCUUUGAUACAGAACACACCGGAUUCAGAAACUGCUUUAGAUAGUAUUGUAGCAAAAAUAGGUUUUAAUAAAAAGACACAUUAUGGUGAAAAAUUUGUAGUGCAACAUGUAACUAACACUAGCAAUGUUGCAUAUUUAUCAAACAAUUUGCAAAUGCACACUGACCUACCGUACUAUGAGUAUUGUCCGGGUGUAAACCUACUACACUGUCUUGUGCAGACUCUCAGUAAGGGCGGUGAAAAUCUUCUAUCUGACUGUCAUUACACAGUCGCUUACAUGAAAGAGAAACAUCCUGAUGAAUACCGAAUCUUAACAGAAACAGAAGUAGAGUGGAGUGAUGUGGGAUGUGAAAAUGGCAAUGAAUUCUUUAAACUCUAUCGAUCACCGGUGAUAUGCCUAGAUAAAAAGGGUGAAGUGAUAAGGAUUAACUUUUCAAUUCCUCAAAGAGGUGCACAUUUCCCUGGACCCAUUGAAAGUGUAAAACCUUGGUAUAGAGCCCACACCCUCUUCUAUGAGUUGAAUAAACAAUUUUCGGCCAAGUUUAAGACAAAAGCUGGGGAUAUACUUGUGUUUGAUAAUAUUAGAUUGUUACACGGUAGGAAUAUGUACGAAGAUAAAAGUAACAAUGUAAGGAAGCUGAUCGGGGCAUAUGUGGAUUGGGAUGAAAUAUAUUCACGGUUGAGAUGUUUGAAAGUGAAGCUGCAACCAGAAGAUAGAAUAUAAAUUGCUGUACUCAUAUUUUAUAACUUUGUGGAAAUUACUAUGAAUAUAUUGUAUUGUUUUAUGUAUCAUAUUUAAUUAUUUGCUUGCUCUUUAUCGUAAUUAUAUUCAGGGUCAUUAGUUACUACAUCUUUUCAUUAGUGACCUCUCAAUUUUUCAAAUAGUAAAUCCAUUUUUUUAUUUACAUACAUAUUUCCAUAUUAACUUAUUAGGUUAAU